AUGGCCGCCGACGACAGGGGAAAGACUAAGCGCCGCAACUGGAAACCCCCAGUGCUGACUUGGAGAAUUGGCGCGCCGCCGCCGAAACGGACUAAGGCCAUUGUUAAAGAACCUGAGCUCUUGCCCGCUGAGCAGGGUCCGCCGCCGGGGCCUCAGACGGAGAAUCCAUCGGGGCCAGAAGAUAAGGAAGAUCAACAACGACAACUACAGCAAGCCCUCCGCGCCCAGAAAGUGCCUUCGCCGGAAAUCUGCGAGAUAACAUCUUCGCUGGAUCCAUUCUGCCAACUUCCUUAUGAGUUGACCCCGGAAAAUCGGGCCUUGCUUCACUGCUAUCUCCUUCAAGUCCCGGCCAAGGUGUAUGGAACGCGUCCGGAUACAGUCUUCAGCGCGGUGCGGGAUGUCAGUCUACCCAUGUCGCUGGGCUCUAGCCUGACAAUGUGGUGGAUGAUCGUAGCAGCGGAUGGACUCUUCACACAUCCAGGCGCGGAUCAUGCCGACACCGUCGCCCGCAGAAAGGGACAGGCGUAUCGACUACUAAACCACUCUCUCAGCCAAAACGCGGGGAAAAUCACCGAUGAUUUGCUGGGCGGGAUUAUCAUGGCUGCGAUUACCGAGGCCCGGCUUUCGGACCCGGUAGCCUGCCAUGCGCAUUUGAAGGGGUGUGAGGCGGCCAUUGAGGCAAGGGGUGGUCUUAAGAAGAGUCUGAUGAAUUGUGAGAUCCCGGGUUUGAGAUUGGCGCAUUUAAUGCCGUAUCUUGUUUGUGAACCAUUCCCUGCUGCGGAGGGGUCGGUUGAGGAGGAGCAGGUGCAGCGGUUCGUUGAGCUUUUGAUAUCCAGGAUGAAUGAUGCAACGGAGGCAAACGCUGUAUCACCACAGGCUGGCCUUGCUCAGUUGAAGAGUAUGGUAGUGGGACUGGGGUUAUUGCGCAGUGGGCUGCGGUUCUACCUGCGACCCGACGAACGCGAUGUAACAAGAUUCGCGGAUGAGGCGGCGUUAUUCCUCGCGUUGUUCCUGGUUACGCGGACGCUGUGGACAUAUCGCGAAUCGGUCGACGAUUCCCAGCUGUUCUUGUCGCGGCUGAACGCGUUCUUCGAAGCCAGCACUGGAUUUGACCCGCAUACAGGACGGCCCCUCCUGACUGAGCAGGGAUUGAUGUGUUGUGUUAUCAAGGUUAUCCAGAAUCUACCGGGGACGCCGCACAGCGAUGGCGGGGUGUCGACUCUGAUACAUAGUGUUGAUGCGGUUCAGGUCUACCGUACGAUAACUUUACGGAGUGCUCGCGAGGAGGCGAGGCUGAUACUUUGUCGGAUAUUGUCGGGAUACGACUUUUGA